GGUUCCAAACAACUAGCCAGGAUGGUACCUGGAGGCUUGAGUGAGGCAAGACCUGCCACUCCAGAAAUCCAGGAGAUUGCUGACAGGAUUAAGCCACAGCUUGAAGAAAAAACAAAUGAGACCUACCAAGAAUUUAAAGCUGUACAAUACAAAAGUCAAGUAGUUGCUGGUGCUAAUUAUUUUAUUAAGAUAUGAGUAGGUAAUGGUCCUUAUAUUCAUGUGAGAGUAUUCAGAGGUCUUCGUGGACAAAAUGAUUUGGAACUUACUGCCUACGAAACAGACAAAUGUGAACAUGACGAGCUGUCUGCCUAAUGGCUCAUCUUCACAGCAAUCUGAUUCUUCAUAGUACUGGCUACUGAUU